UUCAGACUUUCUAUUCCUAUCCCAAUUUCCAAUCCAACUGUACACAAGCAUUUUUGGUUUCAAAACUUUCAGCUCUCAUUUCACUUCAUUCCCCACCUCCCAAAUUACCGCGUACCUCCCACCACCCAUUCACAAAACCUUGUUACGUGGAAGCGUAGAUUCCACGCCCCCCCAAUUUUUUUUUUUUUUUACUCUUUCAACUUAUACAUGUCCGCCGACACAACUUGAAAGCUUCAAAAACCCAAUCAAAACUGCUCUCAUGAUUCCAGUUCAUUCCAAGUAAGUAAAACAGAGAAUUUAAUAUUAAACUAAGAAAAAGAAAAAAAAGAAAAAACAGAUAGGCUAGCGAGGCGUAUAUAUAUGCCAGUUCAUAGCUGUCUUCCCAAUCUACUACUCCUACUCCGAAUACCUCUAUAUCUCUUUCUCUUUCUUUGUGUCAUUUUCACAAACACUUAACUCGCCCUAGAUCUCUCCUCGAUAAUUAUGACUUUUUUGUAGAACCUUCCUCACACUCUUUCUCUCUCUCUCUCUCUCUCUUUUUUUUUUUCUUUGAAAUGCAUCAUUUCUGAGUUGAUCCUAUUUGAAGCUCAGAAACGAGAUUCAAAAAAUGGACGGUGGUGAUGGAACGGUGAGGUUAGGUGCUCUGAACAUGAAGCCGGAUCGGGUCGGAUUGGAUUCGGGUGCGGAUGUGUCCGUUUCGUCACCCGUUACCCGGCAGAAAGCCGCGGCAGCUAAACAGUUCAUUGAGAAUCACUACAAGAACUAUCUCCAAGGACUUCAGGAUCGCAAAGAAAGGCGGCGGGCGCUUCAAAUUAAGGCGGAAGAAGCUCAGGUAUCAAGUGAGGAACAAGAGGAGAUGCUGAGAAAUUUGGAGCGGAAAGAAACAGAAUACAUGAGGCUGCAGAGACGUAAAGUCGGAAUUGAUGACUUUGAGCAAUUAACUGUAAUUGGUAAAGGUGCAUUUGGCGAGGUUAGAAUUUGUCGAGCUAAAGGAACGGGAGAGAUUUAUGCAAUGAAGAAAUUGAAGAAAUCAGAGAUGCUUAGCCGUGGACAGGUUGAGCAUGUUCGAUCAGAGAGGAACUUGCUUGCAGAGGUUGAUAGUCGGUGCAUUGUAAAACUCUUUUAUUCUUUUCAAGAUUCUGAUUUCUUGUACCUUAUCAUGGAGUAUUUACCGGGUGGGGACAUUAUGACAUUACUGAUGAGAGAGGAUAUUCUUUCUGAAGAUGUUGCACGAUUUUACAUAGCAGAGAGCAUUCUAGCUAUUCACUCAAUUCAUCUGCAUAAAUAUAUUCAUAGGGACAUAAAACCAGAUAACCUGAUACUGGAUAAAAGUGGACAUUUGAAGCUUUCAGAUUUUGGCUUGUGCAAGCCACUGGAUGAUAAAUAUUCAACAAUAUUAUUAGAAAAUGAGGAUUUAUUCACUCAGGAAUCCACAUCUGAAAGUGAAGGACAUCCUGGCUGUGAUAGAGUCCCUUGGUUGAUGCCAAAGGAACAAUUACAACAAUGGAAACGUAAUCGUCGUGCGUUGGCUUAUUCAACUGUUGGUACUCUUGAUUAUAUGGCACCUGAAGUUUUGCUUAAGAAGGGGUAUGGAAUGGAGUGCGAUUGGUGGUCACUGGGGGCAAUCAUGUAUGAGAUGCUUAUUGGCUAUCCUCCCUUCUGUUCUGAAGAUCCAAGGAUUACAUGCCGGAAGAUAAUCAAUUGGAAAACGUGCUUGAAAUUCCCUGAGGAGCCAAAAAUAUCAGAGGAGGCUAGGGAUCUGAUAUGUCAUUUGUUAUGUGAUGUUGAAACAAGGUUGGGCACCCAAGGAGUGGAAGAAAUAAAGGCACAUCCAUGGUUCAGAUGCACUCAGUGGGAUAUGCUAUAUGAAAUGGAAGCUGCAUAUAGACCUACUGUAAAUGGAGACUUAGACACUCAGAAUUUUGAAAAGUUUGCUGAAGUAGAAGGUCCACCAUCCACAAUACCAACUAUGGGACCCUGGCGGAAGAUGUUGGCGUCUAAAGAUAACAAUUUCAUAGGAUUUACUUUCAAGAAGUCAGAUGCCCGUAAAGCACUUGAAAGUUCAGAUACAGAUUUGAGAUCAAAUGGAUCUUCGAAGGCCCCAUCACUAAUUUCCUUGUUAGGUCGGAUUGACUUGCAAGAGACUGUGAUACCAGAGGGGGAGCAGAAGCAGGAAACUUGAGUUUAAACAUCUUCCUGUUCUGCUUCAAUUGGAUUGGGUAUUAAUAUUUUCUUCAAACACACACAAGAGUGAGAGAAUGAUUUGGUGAAAUUUUCACUCUCUGAAAACAUGAAUAAGGUCAUGAUCUUGAAGCACAAUUCUUUGUUUCUCCCCUCCCCUCAGUAUGUUGUAUUGUAUAAGUGCCACAGCAAAGCCAAUAAUAAUUCAGUUCAAAACGUCCUGCUCGUGAAGCAAAAGGCUAAAUUAUAGUUUUGAUUCUAUCUGUAUAUCCGAUGUUAACAUAGGAUCACCUCAUUCAAUUCAAUUUUGUCGGUUGGAAGUGGAUAUAUUUUUGUAAUUUAUUCAAUUUUUUCAUAUGAAUGCUUUGGACAUCAGUAUCAAGAGCAAUCUUAUUAUGAG